AUGCAUACAGUGUGGUCGCAAGUCGGGCACCGUCUUACAUCCCGACUCAAUUCCGAUGCGCAUCACCACAGAACAACAAGCUACGCUGCGGUUGUGGACCAUAUCCGACUGCCAAUGACAGAAAGUUUCAAGAAGAUUGCUUGCAAUCCAGAAGGGAAUCGGUGGUUCUUAUCACACGCUAAAGCCAUGCUAAUGCACUCGCAGAGUUGUCCCGGCCAUUCGGUAUCCAAUGCCCACUCUGGCGGAUGUGCCAGAUAUCCAGGCAUCGAUCCGCUUUGUCUCCUAGGCCUGCAGUACGGGGAUUGGACCCUUGGUUGGUAUUUGGACAACAUUACCCGGGCCACCGCUUCUUCCAACUCCUCCAUACGGAUAGGGAGUGGACGUGAUAAUGAGAACACCAAUAACCUUGACCAGAAAGAAACCGGAGUAACAGUGCACUGUCGAACUAUUCGUCAUAUCGGCUAA